CACUGUACAAUAAUGAUGAUCAUGAUGACAACCUUCCCACUGCAUUCCCACUUCUUUUCAGCUGCGGUCCCGUUUGAGUCUCGUGAUUUACUGUGGAACAAGACACACUUUGCUUUGAAUUACAUAUCCGCUCUAUAUGGAGAGAAGUUUGACUAUUUCUUCAAGGCCGAUGAUGACACGUAUGUGGUGGUGGAGAAUUUACGAAAACUUUUAUCGACUUAUAAUCCCGAAGUUCCUUUCCUGAUGGGAUUUAAACAUGAUGUGAGUUGUCCUCGUCUGAAACGAGCAGGCGUGUGUGUGUGUUCAUCUAUUACUUCUCUCCCGUUUCAAUGUGUAAAUCCCAUUUGUACAAUGCCAUGGUGUUCGAAAAUUCAGAUAUUGAUUUCCUCAUGUUCGAAAGACAAUGUUUCGUUUUGUUUAUCAAGUUAUUCUGGUCUACUUAUCUACUAA